CAGACGCAGUGGGUUUUCCGCGCGCCAUUCCAAACAUGGCUGCCCCGCUUGGUGGUAUGUUCUCCGGGCAGCCGCCGGGUCCCCCGCCACCGGGAUCUGGGCUCCCGGGCCAGGCUUCGCUUCUUCAGGCAGCACCAGGCGCUCCGAGGAGUUCUAACAGUACCUUGGUGGACGAGUUGGAAUCAUCAUUCGAGGCUUGCUUUGCCUCUCUGGUGAGCCAGGACUAUGUCAAUGGCACUGAUCAGGAAGAAAUUCGCACUGGUGUUGAUCAGUGUAUCCAAAAGUUUCUAGAUAUUGCAAGACAGACAGAAUGCUUCUUCCUGCAAAAAAGAUUGCAGUUGUCUGUGCAGAAGCCGGAGCAAGUUAUCAAAGAGGAUGUCUCAGAGCUGAGGAAUGAGCUGCAGCGGAAGGACGCGCUGGUGCAGAAGCACCUGACCAAGCUGAGGCACUGGCAGCAGGUGCUGGAGGACAUCAACGUACAGCACAAAAAGCCAGCUGAGAUGCCGCAGGGCUCGUUGGCCUACCUGGAGCAGGCGUCUGCCAACAUCCCUGCUCCUCUGAAGCCCACCUGAGGCCAUCUGGGCACGGGUCUGCCUCACAACCUCCGCUGGAGCCUUGGAAGAACUCUGCUACUUGAUGGGAUGAUUUGGGGAAAUUCUUUGCUACACAAUAGGGUUAUUUUAGUUUUAUCCUGCCAGGCAAAACUCACCCCAUUUUUAUAAAUUGUUAAUUUCUUUCAUACUUUAUAAAAUGGGUGUAGCUUUUCUUAACAGAAUAGUUUUUGUGUGUUGUGCAAAGUUGAGACUGAAAAUAUUGACAGACUUUGUUUUUGUUUUGUCUGUAUGACUUCGAUUGUUUUUCCAGUCAGUUUAUGUGAUCUGUGAAUGAAAAUAGCCUGGGAACCUGGGGAAAGAAUUUUGACUUAGGGUUUUAGGGUAAUUACCCUUCAGGCAAUCUAAAAGUAAUAACUAAAUUAUGUUUAGACUUUGAACUACCUCAAGAGGAGGAAUCUAAUGUAACCACAUCUGCAGUGCCUCCAAGGCAUUCCAGAAGUGGGUAUUUUGUAAAUAGGGCAGAAGAUACAAAAUAUUCUGGGUUAGGAUUGCAGUGUUGCAGAGGUCCCUAGUUGACACUGCUUUUGUUUGGGUGUGUUUUGUGUGGUGCUUGCUUUCACUGGGGGAGGAGGUGGAAGGAGCAAGCGCUGCAGAAGUGAAUCCAUGGAAGGAGAAGGGCUGAUC